CCGGACUUUGUCGACUUAGACUGUGAAUUGGAGGGCGGCUGUUGCUGUUGCUUGAAGAGUACAGAUGAGCCCUAUGCUGUCAUAGUUACACGCGGUUCUCCUGUAGGGGAUGAAAACAAUUUCAUCAAAGUUGCUUCAUUUUCGUAUGCACGUACCUCCAUCUUCCAGGAUGGCCUACUGGGUCAAGCCGUGCCUGGUGCGCCACAUCUCCUGCCACCGUCACUAGACAGCCUCACAUCCGGGCUGUCGAGCACAGCCGUCUCCACUGUCAUCACUCCCGGUCACGCCAGCGUGACCGGCUGCACCAUGGGCCCGACAACCACCGCCUGCGAGAGAACCUCGGCCGGAUCCUCCACCGGCUUGGCGCUGACGGCCAGCCGCCCGAUGGACCCAGGAGCUGGACUUACCUCCUAUCCGGUGAGGCCUCAUCCUUACUCCUACGCAGAGCUUAAUCGCCUAUAUGAAGACUGUGACGACUACGACGAUGCCGGUAAUAAGUCUGGAGAAGUAGUCAGUCAACGGCCCGGUUUUGGAAGAAGACAAGCUCUAUGGAUGGAUCUAGGGCCUGAUCGUUUGUCAUAUAGUAAUGCUGAUGUUGUCAGUGGCACAUUAAAGUUCGCAGUAUCGAUAUGGGUCCCUUAA